CUGUCAUGUGAUCAGCUGUGUCCAAUCACAGCUGAUCACAUGGGACAUGUACACUGGUCAUCAGGGCACUGAUGAUCAGUGUGCCCUGAUGAUCAGUGUAGCCCCAGCAGUGCCACCUGUCAGUGUCCAUCAGUGCCAGCUAUCAGUGCUCAUCAGUGCCUCGUGCCAGUGCCCUUCAGUGGCACAUCAAUGCCACAUAUCAGUGCCUACCAGUGCACAUAAUUGCCACAUAUCAGUGUCCAUCUGAGCUGCCUUUCAGUGUCACCCAUCAGUGCCACCUAUCAAUGCCAAUCAGUGCCACCUAUCAGUGCUGCCAAUCAGUG